CCGAUCGCGUCCCGGUGCCGGUUCGGUGCCAUGGAGCCGGCAGAGGCGGAGUUCCUGGCCGAGAAGGAGCUGGUGACGAUCGUGCCCAACUUCAGCCUGGACCGCAUCCACCUCAUCGGGGGGGAUUUGGGUCCCUUCAAUCCCGGUUUGCCCGUGGAGGUGCCCCUCUGGCUGGCCAUCAGCCUGAAGCAGAGGCAGAAGUGUCGGGUGAUCCCUCCGGAAUGGAUGGAUGUGGAAAAACUGGAGGAAAUCCGAGACCAGGAGAGGAAAGAAGCCACCUUCACCCCCAUGCCCAGCCCCUAUUACAUGGAGCUCACAAAGCUGCUCUUAAACUAUGCCUCAGACAACAUUCCCCAGGCCGAUGAGAUCCGCACCCUGGUGAAGGAGACGUGGGACACGCGGCUGGCCAAGCUGCGGCUCUCUGCAGACAGCUUCGUGAGGCAGCAGGAGGCACACGCCAAGUUGGAUAACUUGACCCUGAUGGAGAUCAACACAACGGGGACGUUCCUCACCCAGGCCCUGGACCACAUGUACAAACUCCGUACCAACCUCCAGCCUGGGCAGAGCUCCCACUCCCAGGAGUUCUGAGGAGGAUUUUUCCUGGAGAAGUUGGAAGAUUCCUGAGGGGAAAAGGCAAGGGAAAAGGACCAG